GCAUGCAGCUCCUAUGAGGCCCCUGUCGCCGGUCGGCGAUGUCCGGCUGGAGCUGUCGCCUCAGCCGCCGCUGCCGCUGCCGGGUGUGAGCGGGUCUCUGGUCGGCUCGUCCGGGCGUCUCAUGGCCUCUAGCAGCUCCCUGGUGCCCGACCGGCUGCGCCUGCCGCUCUGCUUCCUGGGCGUCUUUGUUUGCUAUUUCUACUAUGGGAUCCUGCAGGAGAAGAUAGCAAGAGGAAAGUAUGGGGAGGGAGCCAAGCAGGAGACGUUCACCUUUGCCUUAACUUUGGUCUUCAUCCAAUGUGUGAUCAAUGCUGUGUUUGCCAAGAUCUUGAUCCAGUUUUUUGACACUGCCAGGGUGGAUCGUACUCGGAGCUGGCUCUAUGCUGCCUGUUCCGUCUCUUAUCUUGGUGCCAUGGUCUCCAGCAACUCAGCACUACAGUUUGUCAACUACCCAACUCAGGUCCUUGGUAAAUCCUGCAAGCCAAUCCCAGUUAUGCUUCUUGGGGUGACCCUUUUGAAGAAGAAGUACCCCCUGGCCAAGUACCUGUGUGUGUUACUAAUUGUGGCUGGAGUGGCUCUUUUCAUGUACAAACCCAAGAAGGUGGUUGGGAUGGAAGAACACACGGUCGGCUAUGGAGAGCUGCUCCUGCUGUUGUCUCUGACCCUGGACGGACUGACCGGCGUUUCCCAGGACCACAUGCGGGCGCAUUACCAAACAGGCUCCAACCACAUGAUGUUGAACAUCAACCUCUGGUCGACAUUGCUACUGGGAGCUGGAAUCCUAUUCACUGGGGAGCUCUGGGCAUUCUUGAGCUUUGCUGAAAGGUACCCUUCCAUCAUCUACAACAUCCUGCUCUUCGGUCUGACCAGUGCCCUUGGUCAGAGCUUUAUCUUCAUGACGGUUGUGUAUUUCGGUCCCCUGACCUGCUCCAUUAUCACCACGACACGCAAGUUCUUCACCAUCUUGGCCUCCGUGAUCCUCUUUGCCAACCCCAUCAGCUCCAUGCAGUGGGUGGGCACUGUGCUGGUGUUCCUGGGUCUUGGUCUUGAUGCCAAGUUUGGGAAAGGUGCCAAGAAGACAUCCCACUAGGAAGAGAGAGACUACCUCCAUAUCAAGAACCUUUAAGUUAUUAUCUCAGACAGUGACAUCUCUUGGGAAGAUGGACUAUUAGGGACAAGGGACUGAGUUCUCGUCUUUUUUUAAAAAAAAUAAACAAAGCAAAAUCACAUCUUCUAAAAUAAGUGCUUGGAUUUUAACAAG